CGCGAGGAGCGUGAGAGAGAGAGGACAGAGAGGAGGCGGAGAGUGAGCGAGGAGGGGAUGGCUUCUGUGGCGGCGGAGAUGGCGGAGCACUACCUUUUCGCGGCCAUUGUCGCUUCGAUCUUGGCCUUCCUUCUUCUCGCCGGAAUCCGGGGUCGGAAGGCCGCGAGGGGGAGGAAGAGGACCGACGAUGGAGCUCCUUUCGCCGCCGGGAAGGAGCAGUGCGAUUCGGACGCCGAUGGGUGCGGCGUCCCGGACGUGAUCGUCGUCGGCUCUGGCGUCGCGGGUUCCGCCCUCGCCUACACGCUCGGAAAGGAUGGAAGACGGGUACAUGUUAUUGAGAGAGAUUUAACAGAGCCCGACAGAAUUGUUGGUGAACUUUUGCAACCUGGAGGAUACUUGAAACUGGUUGAGUUGGGCCUUCAGGAUUGUGUUGAAGAAAUUGAUGCUCAGCGGGUCCUUGGCUAUGCUCUUUUUAAAGAUGGAAGAAAUACUAAACUUGCUUACCCUCUGGAAAAAUUUCAUUCCGAUGUUGCUGGGAGGAGCUUUCAUCAUGGACGGUUCAUACAAAGGAUGCGACAGAAAGCUGCAACUUUACCCAAUGUUCGGCUGGAGCAGGGAACUGUAACAUCAUUGCUUGAAGAAAAUGGAACAAUUAAGGGGGUACUGUAUAAGAAUAAAGCUGGUGAAGAAUUAAAAGCUUUUGCACCUCUUACAAUUGUAUGUGAUGGCUGCUUUUCAAAUUUGCGGAAGUCUCUCUGCUCUCCUAAGGUGGAUAUACCGUCUUCUUUUGUUGGUUUGGUUCUUGAGAACUGUGAACUUCCAUUCCCAAACCAUGGGCAUGUUGUCUUGGCGGAUCCCUCACCCAUUUUAUUUUAUCCAAUAAGUAGCAAUGAGGUACGCUGUUUGGUUGAUGUGCCUGGACAGAAAGUACCUUCUGUAACGAAUGGUGAAAUGGCUAGCUACCUAAAGACAGUGGUGACACCUCAGAUUCCAGCUCAACUGCAUGAUCCUUUUAUAUCGGCAAUCGACAAGGGAAAUAUUAGAACAAUAGCAAAUAGGAGCAUGCCAGCUGUUCCUCAUCCCACACCUGGAGCCCUGUUAAUGGGGGAUGCUUUCAAUAUGCGUCAUCCUCUAACCGGUGGGGGAAUGACUGUGGCCUUAUCUGAUAUAGUUCUUCUACAUAAUCUUCUCAAGCCUCUUCGUGAUCUUCAUGAUGCAUCCACUCUCUGCAAUUACUUGGAGUCUUUUUACACCCUACGGAAGCCAAUUGCUUCUACAAUAAACACCUUAGCAGGUGCUCUUUACAAGGUCUUUAGUGCAUCACCUGAUCGAGCUAGGAAUGAAAUGCGCCAAGCAUGUUUCGACUAUUUAAGCCUGGGAGGUGUAUUCUCAAAUGGACCCAUUUCUUUACUCUCAGGUCUGAAUCCUAGGCCAUUGACUUUGGUUGCACACUUCUUUGCUGUCGCUAUAUAUGGUGUUGGCCGCCUAUUGCUGCCAUUUCCUUCCCCCAAACGAAUGUGGAUUGGAGCUAGACUUAUUUCUGGUGCCUCAGGUAUCAUUUUCCCCAUCAUCAAAGCAGAAGGGGUUCGGCAAAUGUUCUUCCCUGCAACUGUUCCUGCAUAUUAUAGGAAACCCCCUGCCAAUUGAAACAUCAAGAUGGGUGGUGAAUUCAGCUCAAGCUCAACUGUGUACCAUUUUUAGGUUAAAUAACUGUUGCAGACAUAACAUGUUCUUAGUUUGCAAUUCCACGAGGCCGGAUCUGGCAUUGAAUU